GGCCCUGGGGGACAGGAUUUGUCCUUUCCGCGGCAGCCACGGUGCUUGCGCGAAGUGGUGCCACGCAGGGCCCCCCCCCGGGCACAGGGGGUGAAGCGGGGCGCGGGGGGGGCCGCGCUCUGUCCCACAGAUGGCCGGCGGCAUCUUCUCCCCACUGGGGAGCUGCUCGGAGCUGGAGAAGGCCAACUGCCACCCGCUGGUCUGCCUGCUCUGCCAUGAGCCCUACCAGCACCCCUGCCUGCUCGACUGCUACCACAACUUCUGUGCCAGCUGCCUGCGGGGCCGCGCCAGCGACGGCCGCCUGCGCUGCCCGCUCUGCGGGCACCCCUCGGUGGUGAGGGGGGGCACAGGGCUGCCCCCCGUGGACCGGCUCCUGCAGUUCCUGGUGGACAGCUCGGCCGACAGUGAGGAGGACGUGCAGUGCGCCAACUGCGACCGGUGCUGCACCAAGGCGGAGCUGGACACCAUGUACUUCUGCAACACCUGUGGGCAGCCCCUCUGCGCCCCGUGCCGCGAGGAGACCCACCGUGCCAAGAUGUUCGCCCGCCACGAGAUAGUCUCCCUCUCCAAGCGCACCAAGGACAUCCACAAGAAGUGCCCACUGCACGAGGAGCCCUACAUCAUGUUCUCCACCGAGAAGAAGUCCAUGCUCUGCAUCAACUGCUUCAGGGACAUGCAGGGGGAGAGCCGUGCACACUGCAUCGACAUCGAGACGGCAUACAUGCAGGGCUGCCAGCGGCUGGACCAGGCGGUGAUGGCCGUGAAGGAACUGCAGACCUCCACGUGCGAGGCCAUCGUCCUCCUCAAGGCCAUGAUCGAGGAGGUGCGCAACAGUGCCAGCGAGGAGGAGGCAGCCAUCAACUCCCUCUUUGGCCGCAUGCAGGAGCAGCUCUCCGAGAGAAAGAAGACGCUCCUGAAAGCCGUGCAGAGCCAGCACGAGGAGAAGGAGAAGGCGUUCAAGGAGCAGCUUGCCCACCUCGCCUCCCUGCUGCCCACCCUGCAGGUCCACCUGGUGACCUGCUCGGCCUUCCUGAGCUCCGCCAACAAAGCAGAGUUCCUGGACCUGGGCUACCAACUGAUGGAGAGGCUGCAGAGGAUCGGCAAGCUGCCGCACCGCCUGCGGCCGGCCCAGACCAGCAAGAUCAACAGCGAGUACCGGGCAGAGUUUGCCCGCUGCCUGGAGCCCCUGCUGAUGCUCAGCCCCCGCCGCUCCGUGGUGGGCAGCGCCAGCGGCAUCGGUCCUGGCAUCGCCGGCACGAACAUGCUCCCCGGCAGCCAAUGCUCCAAGACCCUCAUGGUGCCCAGCUGCCCCCCUGCCGGCGAUAAAAUGUCCACCAGCCCCAUGGUGCGGAAGCCGACGAUGCACCGGUACAUCAGCACCAAGGUCCUGCUGGCUGAGGGCUGCGAGACCCCCUUCGCCGAGCACUGCCGCAACUACGAGAACACCUACCGGAUGCUGCAGACAGAGAUCCAGGGCCUGAAGGAUCAGGUGCAGGAGCUGCACCGUGACCUCACCAAGCACCACUCGCUCAUCAAGACAGAGAUCAUGAGCGAGAUCCUGCAGAAGUCCCUGCAGAUGGACGUGCAGAUCGCGGCUCACUACUCUGCCGUGGAGAUGAUGCGCAGCGUCUUCGAGGAGGUCUGGGAGGAGACAUACCAGCGGGUGGCAAACGAGCAGGAGAUCUACGAAGGUACUGGCGACCCCGCUCCCCCGGCCCCAAACCCCCCGCUGCAGGAGCCCCGGGAGCCCAAGGAGGAACAGGCACAGAUGCUGCUCAAGAUCUGCGACGACAGCGAAGCUGUGCCAAGGGACACCUCACCUGGCGGCAAGGAGGGGGCUCUGGCCAGCCCCGGGGAGGGCUGUGUGCCCAGCGGCGCCCCUGAAGACCCCUCCCUGAAAAGCAAAGACUGCUGCAGGGGACAGCAGAAAAGUGGGGCCGAGAGCGCCGCCCAGAAAGAGCUUGCACCGUAGAGCCCGACAGCGAGCGAGUGCGCGGAGCCGCUUGGCGCUCGCUGCGCAAAAGCCGUGCCCCAGCUGUCGACUCGCUCCUCUUGCCUUGUGCCACAAGCGAAGGCAGGAAAACACAGCCUGGGCACACAGUGUUGCAGCGUAUCAAAAGCCUGCCUUCGGGCAGCUUUGCCCGUCUGAAAAAAUAAUUGUCUUUAUACUCUCCCUCUCAUGUGUUAGAAGUGAAAUAAAGGGGCACAAGUG